GCCGCCGCCUAGUCCUCGCUGCCAGAGCCUGGGACUCACUUGUGGAAGAAAUCCAGCCGUAGCUUGUAUAACCAAAGCAGGAACUUGAUCUUCCGCAGAGCCUUGCUCAGGCACCAUGAUGCAAGAAGAGCGAUCUCUUCCCCCGUCUCACAAUGGAGGACUCAGGGAAGACAUUUGGCUCUGAGGAGGAAGAAGCCAACUAUGGGAGAGACCUGGUGAUGACCUACAAGCAGGAGGCAGAGAAUACACAGGAGGAACUUAGAGAAUUCCAGGAGGGAAGCCGAGAAUAUGAAGCUGAAUUGGAGACGCAGUUGCAACAGAUUGAAACCAGGAACAGAGACCUCAUUUCAGAAAAUAACCGCCUUCGCAUGGAGCUGGAAACCAUCAAGGAGAAGUUUGAGAUGCAGCAUUCCGAGGGUUACUGGCAGAUCUCAGCUUUAGAAGAUGACCUUGCCCAGACAAAAGCGAUUAAAGAUCAACUGCAGAAAUACAUCCGAGAGCUGGAGCAAGCCAAUGAUGACUUGGAAAGGGCCAAACGAGCCAUGAUCAUGUCUCUGGAAGACUUUGAGCAGCGCCUGAAUCAAGCCAUCGAAAGAAAUGCCUUCCUGGAAAGCGAGCUUGACGAGAAGGAGAAUCUCCUGGAAUCUGUGCAGCGAUUGAAGGAUAAAGCCAGAGAUUUGCGGCAGAAGCUGGCGGUGCAGCAGAAGCAGGACAAACCCCGGACCCCCAUAGCCAGCUCAGCAGCCACUGAACGGACAGACACAGCUAUACAAGACACUGGCUCCAUGCCUUCCACUCCCAUAGCUCAUCGAGGACCUGGCUCUAGUUUAAACACACCAGGCACAUUCAGACGUGGUCUAGAUGACUCCACAGGCGGGACCCCCCUCACGCCUGUGGCCCGAAUAUCUGCGCUCAACAUCAUGGGUGAACUGCUGCGGAAAGUAGGGGCACUGGAAUCCAAAUUGGCAUCCUGCCAGAACUUCGUGUAAGAUCUGUCCCCAAACCAAACGAGUGGCCCAAACCCGGGACGAGCGAACAAGAACUGAGACAGCAGUGACAGGCGGCUGAGCGGCACCAGCGUGCCCUUGGGCGAUAAAGGGUUGGGAAAACGCCUGGAAUUUGGGAAGCCGUCCUCACACACUUCCUCGCCGUUGCUGCCGUCAGCCCAGGGUGUAGUCAAGCUGUUGUUUUAGGAACACCGUGGAAGCUGGAGCCUGUGGUGUUUGUGCAGUGGUUCCCUUCCCCCCGCCCUUCACACGAGGCUUUGGGUUUGUUGGUUUCUCUUCUUUUCCUUUUUUUUAAAAUUAGUUUGAGGAAUGAGUCAGCAGUCACCGUAGUUUGCUUUGUGGCCCAAGACAAUGACCGAGGCCAUCACCUUUGGCUGUGUUUGUCCCUGUGACAUGGUCUCUCACCCCAAGCCUCACUGUCAGUGUGUGUGCUACAAGGAGACAGGGACAUGCUGGGCUCUGGGAAGGGCUGAGAGGUGUGGGUGAUGACUUCCCUGUGUUGAGAUAGCUUCUCAGAAGGAGAGAUCUGAUUGACCUUGAGGGGGUUUGAAUGUCCAGAGUCUCCAUUAAAGUCUCUGUAAAAGUGGGAACUGAGCCCAUCUCAGAGGCUCACCGCCCCGCCCCCAAACCCCACUGAGCUGGAGUCGUCUUUGAAACAGGUGCUUUAUGUCAUGCUAAAAUCAUGCCCAGGAGCAGGGAAUGGGGCAGCACGUGCCUUUUUAUAAACUGUGGUUGGGUACCUCUGGGAUUU